AUGCAGCCUUUCAGCACGGUAGACCCGGCGGACGCUCACUGCCCUCACAUGGACAGGCCAGAGGAUACCUGGCCCACAAGCGCCUGGGGUGCGCUUGCCAACGCGUCUGUCGACCUCCACACCAGCCUGCCUACGAACGCCUGGUGGGAGAACAUCGUGCUUGGCUUCCCGUCGCAGGAAACGAGGUCGAACAACAUCGUCGUGAUUCCCUACACUUUCGAUGUCGCGGGGGACACUGCCGGCCUGAGGGUACACUUUCCCCAGGUGGUCGCCUCUGACCUGAUCGUUCAGACAACCUUCGACUGGCGGCACGCGCUCCAGCUUGGCUGUGUGGAAAAGGUCACCGAUCACUACAUCACCCAGCCGGGACCCCUCUCUGUGACGCUUAACUGGGACGUGGCGGCCGGGGCUACGAGCACGGGGGCUCCGGCUAUGAGUGUCCCCGCCGUGCGCGGUUCUCCGUACGCUACGAUGGAAUAUCGCGGGGUUCGUCCCGUUAUUUCUGCUCGCCAGGAAGUCACGCAGCUCGUGGUCGACGGCGAGCGGCUUUCCCUCUCCUCUGGCUGCGAGAACGGGACCUCGGUGCACGUGGAACGGGAGGUGGAGAUCAUCUUCUCCGGCGGAGCGGUUAGCAGCGAUGACACCUGGCUCGUCUUCGUCUCCCACCCGGCGGAGUUUCUGUGCAGCUCUUGGUUCGCCAUGGAGCGCGGGGAGCCCCCCACCCCGGGCGCCGUCGGCGCUUGGCAGAGCAUGCCUCGAUUUAGGCUCGAGGCCGUCCGCGCGGUGUCGGAAGAAGAAGGCGGUGUGGUCCGCGCGGCCAUGGUCAACUCGUGCACGUCGGGCACAAGCAACAGGUGCACGAAGCCCGGGGAACCCGAUGACAGGGAGGACUAUGCCAAGCUGCUGCGGGCGCAUGCUGAGGUUUAUCCCACGGGACAGGCCAGAGUGUCGUACUCUUCAAGCAGUCUCGACUGGAUCGAAGACGCCCUUCAGGGCGACGUCGCCCAGACGACCGACACAGCUAGGUUGGCGGGAGACACACAAAAAUCUGCCAGGACCGCCCCUGCCUUGGCGGGCGCAAGCUCCAAACUCCACGCCGAACAUGAAGGCGACGGUGCCGAGGAAGAGGGAUACCUGAGGUUCCUGUGGGCCCCGAAGCGGAUGGACGGCAAACCGGUCGUCGCAGUGGACCCCGCAGCAGCAGCAACAGCAGCAGGGGACGAUGGUGGUAGCGAUAGCGGCGAAAGAAACAGCAGCGGCGGCGACAGCGACAGCGCUGACGAGGGUGCCGACAGCCCGCCGCUAAUAAUGUUCGCGUUGCUGCACCACCGACAGGUUUUCACAGCUGCGGACGGGCUCACCGACAUCGGAACACCCUCGCUACACGGCCAGGCAGAGGUGGCCAUAGGCAACGAGUGGAGCAUGAAGGUCGCCCUUCCUCCCGUGUCUUUCGGGGUGGGACGGCCUGUCCGCGAGGAGAUGGUCGCCGACGUUAAUGAGGCUCUGGACGAAGACGUGAAGUACGAGAUGCCUAAGAACUAUCUCAGAGGGGAGGGAGACAGUGAGUUUGCCGCAACAAGGCAGUGUUCGGUGUUGUUCGAUGCAGCCGAUAGAUCCGCACGGCAGCUUCAGCGAAUCAGGAGGAACAUACCCCGCAAGUACGAACGUGAUAUUCACACUCUGAACCUCUUGUGCGAGGGCAGCAGGUCAUGAGAAAAUAGGUGGCAUUCAAUCUGGUUCACGACGACAUACAUCAAAAGCAAACACGGGAUGGGCGACGAUUUGUUGUGUAACGGCGAAACACUCUUUGCAGCUUCAGUAAAAGCUUUCUUGAGUGAACGAUGCGUCCUUUUUUUUGGGAGGGGGGGGGGGGCUUCACUUCAAAUAAGCGCUCACAGCACUGGUGUUGCCGUUUACUCCAACCCGUGGUCACACAGAAGAGCCCCUCUCUACCCUCCCCUCCUGCGGUACUUUGCCUUCGAUUUUUAGUGCGAGAAGAGUUCAGCACUCUCUUUCCUCUGUGUACACACGAACUAGCGCUAUCCACUAGGCCAGGAGCGGAAGCGAGAGAAAAACUCACUUUGCAAGAAAAGCUCGCUUACGCCGGGAUUCGAACCCCUGAACUGACCUCUAGAAGGUUUCGAGGU